UCAAUUCUGACUCAGUGAUAUAGAUGUGGAUGUAGAUAUACACACAUGUAACAAAGCAGUUCCAAUUUCAACAUUUUUUUGGAUAUCUAUACGGUAUAUCGGAAACCCUGGUAGAGUAGUUGUUGAGUGCUACGGCUGCUAGCCAAAAGGUUGGCAGUUCGAAUCUGCCAGGCGCUCCUUGGAAACUCUAUGAGGCAGUUCUACUCUGUCCUAUAGGGUCACUAUGAGUUGGAAUCAACUCGACGGCAGUGGGUUUGGUUUGAUUUUGGCAUACUGGAUAUCUGUAUCUAUAUGUAUAAGAAGCCCUGGUGAUGAAAUUGUUUAGUGCUCGGCUGCUAACCAAAGGAUCAGUGGUUUCAACCCAGGUGGGUUCAGUGGCUCCACAGAAAAAAAGACCUGGCAAUCAACUCCAGUAAAGAUUAAAAAAAAACUCUAUCCUAUAGAGUCGCUGUGAGCCGGAAUCGACUCGAUUACAAUGGAUUUGGUUUUUUGGUUUGGAACAUUUUCAAGGUUCCCAUGUUGUGGCAUGUAUCAGGACUUCAAUCUCUUUAUGGCUGAAAAAUAUUCCAUUUAUGUAUAUGCCACUCACUGUGACCCCGGGUGAGACAUCGCCCCUCCCUGGGCCUCAGCUUCUUCAUCUGAAAAGCAGUGGAGUCAUGACUGGCUGAUCUCAAAGGGCCUCUCUAACUCUGCCCUUCUCUGAUGUCUUCUUCUGUGAGACAGGCUGCCAGGAGGGCACAGGCUUUUGCAGUGAGAGAAGGGAGGCUAGAGCCAAGUUGGUCACGGAUAGGAUCAGGCAGCACGGCUGAUGGUCGCCAGCUCUGGGGAACAGUCUCCAAAAGCUUGCGGCAGCUUUGACCUAUUGUCCAGCCCCCAGACACAGCAAGACAGAUCAUAAACACCUCCAGCCCCAGCAAUGACUCUUACACCUUGGGGUCACUUUCAGCUCCGGAAUUGCCCACUCUUCCUGGGAGACUACUCCUCCAGCCUCAGUGUUCUCUUAACAUCAGAGGCAUUCAUUUCACUCAUUCAGUCAUUCAGCAAACACUCCCUGGGCCCUGCUUGUGCCCGGCCUGGGCAGUGUACUGGCGACCCGGAGAUGGAUAAAUGUGACCCCUGCUGAAGGAUGGAUCUAAUGAGGAGGGCUUACAAGGAGGGAGUAACAUAAAAAUGAUGUCGCAGGGGGACAGAUGCAGCCUGUAAGCCAUGUGCAAACCACAGAGAACAGAGUCCACUCAGGUGGCCUAGGGGCAUCAGGGAAGCAUUCGCACAGCUGGGCUUAGAGGUGAAGGGGAGUGCAAAAGGUAGAUGGUGUGUCUAGAUAUUCCAGAUUGAGAAAGAACACAUGCAAAGCACAGAGCUGCAAAACUGCCAAGAGCCCUCAGGGCAUUCAGAGCAAUUUGCUUUUGCCCAAGGCCCCAGAGGCUGUGGAUGGAGGUAAUAGAGGGGUCAAGAGCACUCAGAUCUUGAAAAAUCUUCAAUGCCAGGCUGAGGAGUUUGGACUUCGUUUGGAUAGAAGUCAUGGAAAGAUGUUAGGCUGAGGGUAGAGGUGAGCAGUUUUGUAUUUUCUAAAAUGCUCUUUCUCCAGACAGCAAGGAGGCAGGUGGGGCUGAGGAGAGAACAGGAGGCCAGGAACCUCGUCAGGAUGCAGUUGGUUGUGUCCAAGUGAGCAGUGAGGAGGGCCGGGGCACUGCUGCUGGAGAGAAGGAAACAGAUUUAAAAGCUGUUGUAGAGAUACAAUUUGACAAAGGUGGUAUAGGAGGCAGUGGGAGGGGCCUAAGUAGUGAAAGACAUGGGAACAGCUGCUGUCAGUCUCGUGGGUCCAGGAAGGCACAAGGACAUGGACAUGGAAGGCACAAGGAACUGGGGGAGUGGUGUUUUUCAGGUGUCUAGGGAGGGAGAAGAGAGGCAGCAGGACAAAAUGGUACAGACCAAUGGAUUUGGCUUUUUGGAAACCCUGCAAUACAUAGCACCCUCUGAGAGGGUCCCAGCACAAGCUGGUGGGUUCACUCAAGUCUGCAUUCGAGUCCCCAGCUUGAUUCGAUUCACCUUUGUACUUCCCAAAUGCAUAGAUUCCUUUCCAAAGCCGCACCUUUAAUAAACAUCCAUGGACUCACUUGGAGAAAUGCCUUUUUCUACAGGUUUAUUACCUGCCUGGGGUUUUUUUUCCUUUAAAUUUUUGAAUAGGUGAGGCCUUCAUGUGGCUCAAAAGUCCAGUACACAAAGGAACAGGGUGAAAGGCCUAGCUCCCACCCCAGCCCCCAUCUGCCCUGCCUCCCCCUCCAAAAAAAAAAACAAAGAGAUGAUCAUUUCUGUUAGCUUGUUGUGGCACCUCCCAGACUUUCUUGAUGCAAAUACAAGGAAAAACAAAUAUAUAUGUAUAUAUGCAGUAAAACCCAUGAAAACCGGCACCUGGGUAAGGCAGAAAACUGUCAGAGAAGGGAAACAUAAAUAUUUUCCACUAAUAGAGAGCGAUAGAAAAGUGGUAGGACUGCAGCCUGUCAAAGGCAGAAACUUGCAAGACCCGGAAAAACAAGGCAAUCUUGUCGAGUUCUGGCUCUCACAGAUUUCACUGUACAUGUUUUAUUUUUGACACAAAGGGAGCCAAUUAUACCCACUGUUCCAAACCUUGCUUGCUUUUUUUUUUUUUUUUGGUCACUGUAGAAUUAAUGCUCAAUAUAGAAAUUUUUGAAAGAAGAAAUGUAGAAAGAAGAUAGUAAUCACAUAGAACACCAUUCAAAGAAAACCGUUACUACCAUCCAGUCUUUCCUCCUCAGCAUAAAUUUUACUUACUGUUUUUUCCCUGUAAGCUAACAGGACAGGAGUUCAUAGUUAUAAUCAUCCUCUAUCUACAAUUUGCAUCUUGGUAUUUUUACUUAAAUACAGGAAUUUUCCCUUAUUAUUUCAUGGCUUCCCAAAAGUGAUAGUAGUGGCUCUAUUAAUUCUACUAUGACAUAAUUUACUCAACCAUUCUCUUUUUGAACAUAUGAAGGUCAUUUGCAAUAUUUGGCUAUUGUUACAUAAGCCAGUUAAAUCUACAUUUUUUAAGGUAUUUGGGAUUGGGCUGAUUGGGCAUCUUCAGAAAGCCUCGGAAUCUGGGCCAGAAGGUAAAAAGCCCAUGGUUUGAUCUUCUAGGGCUGGGGGUAGGUAGGUCAGGUGUGGUAUGGAGAUAACUCAAGGAAGAUGGGGAACCACUCUGGGCCAAGCAUGGUGCUGAGUGCUGUGCAUGACAUACAGAAUUAAUAUUUACUGAGCACCUACUAAGCGCUGAGCUUUACACACAUUUGCCUGCUUGUUCCUCACAACAGCCGUAUAACAUAGGAACUAUUGUUAUCUCCAGGGGGCAGUUGCAGUUCAGUGGUAGAACUCUCUCCUUCCAUGCAGGAGACCUGGAUUAGAUUCCCAGCCAGUGCACCUCAAGCACAGAUACCACCAGUCUGUCAGUGGAGGCUUGCAUAUUUCUAGAAUGCUGAACAGGUUUCAGCAGAGCUUUCAGACUAAGACUGAGAUCCACUUCUGAAAAUCAGUCAAUGAAAACUCCAUGGGUUACAUAUGAUCCCAUUCACAACCGAUCAUGGGAAUGGCUCAGGACUGGGCAGGAUCUCAUUCUGUUGUACAUGGGAUUACCAUGAGACAUUGUUACCUCCCGUCUACAGUUAGGGAAUCAGAGGCAGAGAGAAGUGGAGACAUUGCUCGGGCAGCAAAGAGAAGCAUAGAGUCAGAACCUAACUCACGUAAUUGGCUCUAGAAGAGCCUUGCUCUUAACCUUCAUGAACCCCUCAACACCCUGGUAGGAUUAUAAUCUUCAUUUGUUAUGGAUUGAAUUGUGCCCUCCCCCAAAAAAUAAGUGCUGUAAAUCCAGGUGGCGUCACAGCUCCCUCAAGGGUACAGGGGGUGCGAACCACACCAGGUGACACUGGCAGAGGGGAUGACACCAAAAUGGGUGUUUAAAAAAAAAUCCCUGUAGUUAGUUACAACAACAACAAAACAUUUUUGUAAACCAAGUUUACAUGUAUCAAUAUACCUACAAGGCUAAAACUCUAUGCUAAUUUACUUUUCGAAUCUUCUAAUGCACUCCAGUCAGAGCUGUCAUUAUUAGCCAAUUACAGUGACGCUUCAGAUCAUGUGGUUUCAUUCUUAUGCACUACAAGCACAGGCUAUUGUUUUCGUUGCUGCCGGUGUUUGUAUAGUGACUCAUUUUGUCAAAUUUUCUGGCUUUUAGCUACAAUAUUGUGGUAAUUAGUAUUUGUGAACCUACACACAAUAACUUUUUUGAGAAUGAAGUAGUGAUUAAAGGAAAAGAAGGAGUGAUAUACAGGAAUUACGAUCUAUAAAUAACAGCAGUACAAAAAACAUUACGAAGCAUUCUGUAUGGUCUGCUAUGGAAGAAGGCCACAGAGGUGGUGGUGACACCAUGAGCUUACCACACUGGGUGACACCAACCCUAGUGAUGCCACUGGUAAAUCCUAACCUCUAUGUCUAGGGUUAUAAUCCCAUUAGGGAUCGAUUGUCUUUGUUAUGUUAAUGAGGCAGGAUUAGUGUAUGGUGUAUCUUGAGUCAAUCUCUUUUGAGAUAUAAAAGAGAUUGAACAAACAAGUGAGCAAGCAGAGAUGGGGAAGAGAGAUGCCAAGCCACAUGAAGGCUGUCCAGGAGCAGAAACUCAAAAGAACAGACCCUCUUCCAGAUCCAACAGACAGAGAGCCUUCCCCUAGAGCCGGCACCCUGAAUUCAGACUUCUAGCCUCCUAAACUGUGAGAAAAUAAAUGUGUUUGUUAAAGCCUUCCAUUUGUGGUAUUUCUGUUACAGCAGCACUGGAUAACUAAGACAUCAUUUUACAGAACAGGAAAUUGGGGCUCCAAGCAAAGUCCCCUGGCCAUAAUGGCCUAACUGGUAAGUAUCAGAGCUGGGAUUAGAACCCACUGCAGCAGGGUGAAAGGACUCUUGUUCAUCAGGAGCCUGGGGCUGAGAUGAGAGGCAGGCUAGGAGGAAGGGCUGAGGAGAAUUCCAGAGUGCCAUUCUGAGGGCUGACAAGGUCAAACUCAUGUAGAGUGAGGUGAAAGGCAUUCAAAGAAGCUGAGGGAGGAGAGAGCAAAGUCAUGGGCAGAGCUGUCAAAAUUCGGGAGGGGGUGCAGGAGAAGCAGGGAGAGGACAAGGCUCAGCCCAGUGUUGAAUUGAGGAAGAAAGUAGAACAGUGUUGAUGCAGAGCAGUUUCCACACUUUCCCAGGGCGAGGUCCUGCUUGGUUAAAAUAGUUUUUUACAGAAGUUUCCGAACAUACAGAGCAGUAGAGACAAGAAGCCCAGUGCUCAUUCCCCUCCCCAGUGCAACAAUUUCCACCUUAUGUCAAUCAUCUUUCUUCCAUCUCCUCACCCCACGUAUAUGUUUGUCUGUUCACUUGCAUAUUUUAAAGUAAAUAAAAUAUAUUUCAAAGUAAAUUCAAGACACUAAGGAACUUUGUUCAUAAAAAUUCCAGUGUUCAUUUCUAACUGAUGAGUUCAUGACUCCUUACCAUUAUUGCACCUGAGACAAUUGCAGAAUGAAUAAUGCUUCCUUCGUAUAUUCUGAUGUUGCUGUGUGCUGUGGAGUUGAUACUGACUCCUAGCGACCCUAUAGGGCAGAGUAGAACUGCCCCAUAGGGUUUCCCAGGCUGUAAGCUUUCCAAGAACAGAUCGAUAGGUCUUUCCUCCUGCAGAGCGACUGACCUUUGGGUUGGCAACUGAGAGCUUAACCAUUGCACCACCAAGUGCUCCUUAGUAUAUUCCAGUACCUGAGCCUGUAUCCAAGAGUUUUGUUUGGAUCAGGAUCCAAACAAGGUCCACAUGUGACAUUUAGAUAUGAUAUCUCUGAAAGGACCCCUCUUCAAGCUUUAAACAAGCUUUGAAACUCCACUAAAGGGGUUUUGCAUUUUCUGUUCACAGACUGAGCAGAACCACAAAGGCCAGUGGCAUCUGUAACUUGAUAUUCCUUUUCUAAGGUAGCUGAAUUUUAUUAGCAUCAAGAGCAGCUACCUCAAGGUGACAAAGUCCGGUGUCUCAGAGGCCUGGCGGGUGGCGAGAACCAGACCACCUGGGCUAGGUUCUGGCCCUAUUGCUUCUCUCUGCAGCCUGAGUGAUGUCUUGGUGCCUGUCUACCUUCAAUUCCCUAACUGUGUUAUUGUUAGCUGUCGUCAAGUUGGCCCUCGACUCAUGGUAACCCCAUGCACAGCGGGAGAAAACGCUGCCCGAUCCUGCACCAUCUUCAUGAUCAGUUGUGGAUCGGACGUUUGUGAUUCUUAAGCUUUUCAUUGGCUGAUUUUCAGAGGUAGAUCACCAAGCCUUUCUUCCUAGUACAUCUUAGCCUGGAAGCUCCCCUGAAACCUGUUUGGCACCAUAGCAACACACAGGCCUCCAAUCACAGACACAUGGUGGUUGCACAUGAGAUGCAUUGGCCAGGAAUCGGACCUAGGUCUCUCUCCUGGGAAGCAAGAAUUCUACCACUGAACCAACAUUGCCCCCUACCUUAACUGUAGACUGGUAAUAACAAUAAAAAAAAAAAAAAAAAUUGCCAUCAAGUCGAUUCCAACUCAUAGGUGACCCUAUAGCACAGAGUAGAACUGCUGCAGAGGGUUUCCAAGGAGCAAGCAGCUGGUGGAUUUGAACUGCCAACCUUGUGGUUAGCAGCCAAGCUCUUUAACCACUAUGCCAUCAGGGCUCUGGAGAUGACAACAGUCCCUACAUUAUAUGGCCAUUGAGAGGACUAAAAGGAUGAAUGUAUGUAAAGGUUGGCACUUAGUAGGUGGUCCACAUAGUGUACAAGCACUCAGCACCAUGCUUGGUCCAGAUUGGUUCCAAGCCUUCCUCCAGCUCCUCAUUCGCCUCUCUCCUGCCCCACCCUGUGCCCUCUCAAUGCAGGAUCGCAUCUACAGCCCCUUCUUCAUGAGGCUCUCAGCAGCUUUCCCCAAACCUAUCACUUAGGGAAGCUCUGCUGGGGGAGAGGGGGAGAAGCAUGCCUGCAGAGGGUGUGGGGGGAAGCCACCGCUAAGCCCCAACCUUCAGGGGGCUGGUGGAAAUGUGGCCCAGGACUGUUUUUCAAAAGAAGCUGGAAAUUUGGAUUUUUACAUAAAAUCUAAUUUUUUGAAAUAUUGUUCUUUCUCCCCCAUAAACACGACUUGAAGCAAAUAACACUCUUCAGCAGUGUGUGGCCGUUAGUUUGGUCUUUGCUGCCCAUGCAUUUGAAAACAGGCAAGAUGCAUGUCACUGGUUGUGUCACCACACUGUGAUUGAUGUCCUCACUGGUAAUAACACCCUCGCCUCCUGCACACCCCAUGCUCACAGACACGCACGCCACUGCAGCCAGGAACCACUGGUCUGCACAUGCUUGUGAAGGAAAGGAGAUUUACUUGACCCAGAGCAGAAGAUCUUGCUGGGUCCACAUCAGACACUAAACUGUGGGCUCCUCAAGGGCAGACGGGGUCUUACACAGCACAGGACUGUCACAGAGCAGUAGUCAGCAAACUUCCACUGGGGGUUGAGGAACUGGGGGUCUCUGGAGUGAAGAAUGGUGGACCCUGGGAGCCCACGAGCUCUGGGUGGCUCCAGAGAGCUGAGCUGGGCCACAGGGAGGAAUUGGCAGGCAGGCAAGCAAGCUUGGGAUCAGCGUGAGGGGAUCUUGCUAACAGUGCUGCCCAGAGAUACAGUGAGCUGUCCCUCCUCCUUCACUGGAGCUGUCAGGGGAAGGCCUCACUCGACUGCCCCUCUGACCACGUCUCACACUAUCAUUCAUUAAAUCCUUCAGCAAUCUUUGGAGUAAGUUAUUAUUACCUCCAUUUCCCAAAUAAGAAAAUUAAGGCACCCGGAGAGUCUCUGGUGACUUUAUGAGUAAGAUCGCUAAAAGGUCCUCCUCACCAGGAGAUCCGUUGCUCCCCAGUGUGGCCACAGAAAAGGGAAUGACCCCCCCAUCUUCGGAGGUAAUCAAGGAGAGGCAGCCUGGCCAUUCAUCUGAUAUGCUGGACAGGAAAAUCUUACAUACUCAGCUUACUGAGUUAUUUCUUGGUCUCCACUCAGCUAGAGUAUGAUUCAGAGACCCAGCAGUGCCUCUCCCCUAACACUCUCUCUUCCUCUCCCCUCCCUUCCCCACUACUGGAUCAGCAGUGUGCCUGAGAACACUGAAAAAAAGCCAGGUUGCAAAUGGCAGAUGUAACCACUGGCCCAGAGAGAACCUCCAAGACCCUUGAGCCCACCAGGGGCCCUUUGAAGAGUCUGUACAAUUCAAAUUGCUGCCUAAUUCCAUUCUCCUCACUGGCCAAAGACAGGCCACAUCUGUGAUGGCAAAAAUCCCUUGAUUCACUUUGCCAACCCCUAUUUGGAUGUGGGCCUGUAACAAAUGCUUACAGAACCUCAUGUGUGUGCAAUGGGAGCAACAGACAUGGGCCCUGCACCCCAAGGGCUUACACUUGUCUAGCAAGGACCAACAGAGAAACAAGGAUGAGCAUAAAUGGUGUUUAAUUACAGGUGCAAUGAGUGCAUCUGAUCUCUUUGGAGAGGGUUAGUAGAGGGUGGGUGAUGCUUUGGGGGAACCAAAGAAGGCUAGUGUGGCCAGGAGCCUCUGAAUAAGGUGAAGAGAAGUUUGGAUUAAUACUAGAAAGGUCUCCAGUGGCCAGAUCACCUGGGUCUUGUGGGCCACAGGACCGGUAAACCAGUUGCCGUUGACUUGAUUUUGACUCAUGGUGACCCCGAAUGUGUCAGAGUAGAACUGUGCUCCUCAGGGUUCUCAAUGGCUGGUUUUUCGAAAGCAGAUCACCAGGACUUUCUUCCAACGUGCUUCUGGCUGGACUUGAACCUCCAGCCUUUCAGUUAGCAGCUUAGGGCAUUAACACUUUUCACCACUGAGGGACUCAGAGCCACGGGGGUGAGGCUGGGUUUUCUCAGAAGAGCGGAGGGCAGGUUUAAGCAGGAGUGUUUUGACAAAGUUCACUCUUUAAGAAAUCUCAGGGCACCUAGUUAGUUUUCUUUGUAGUCUCCAUAUAUUGUACUCUGACAGCAUGGCGGUGUCCUGGCCCCAGGACCAGGUUCCAGCUCUAUAAAUUCCCUGUCACUUCCCACCCUGGCCUUUAGCCCCACUUCCUUAAGGUCAUUCCUCUGCUCCCAACCCGAACACAGUCCCAUUUGGGCUGUGCAGACCGUCCAGGGCUCACAGAGCUGCACCCAGUACUCAGACCACUUCAAAUGGACAUCCAUGAUUAUUUGGAGGGCUUGUUGCUUCCCCCCAUCUGGCGACCUUGGAUGCCUUUUCUCACAAGAAACAUAGCCAAGAGCUUCCAAGAGAAGACCAGAGAACAGCCGUGGGAAGGGAAGGGACAUUUACUGAGGAGCCAUUAUGCAUCUAGCACUAUCCCUUUACUUUCACGUUUCAUCUUCCCACCACUGUAUGCUGUGAUGCUGUGCCCAUUUACAGAUGGGUAAACUCAGCCUGACAGGGGCAGAGGUGGUUCGGUGGUAGAAUUCUCUCAUUCCAUGUAGGAGAUCUGGGUGCGAUUUCCGACCAACGCACUGCAUGCAUGGCCACCACCCAUCUGUCGGUGGAGACUUGAGUGUUGCUAUGUUACUGAAUAGGUUUCAGUGGAGCUUCCAAACUAAGAUAGACUAGGAAGAAAGACCUGGUGAUUACUUCCAAAUGUCAGCACUGAAAACCUUAUGGAUCACAAAGCUCUGAUCAACAACCAGUGACGGGGAUGGCACAGGACUGGGAAGCGUUUCGUUGUGCAUGGAGUCACCGUGAGUGACCGUCUCCAUGGCAGCUAACUACAGCAACGAACUGAGCUUCAGAGGAUGAGUUACCAAGCAAUAUCGUGAAGAAGCCAUCGAGCCAGCUUCCAAACCCAGGUCUACCUGGCCUCUUACCACUACAUGGUGUCAGCUUCCUGGGAUGAGGAAAAUGUUUUCCCAAAUAUGUGAUCCUGAGAUGGAUUAGGGUGGCCAGUGGUACAGAAAUCCACCAACAUUCAGUCAUACAGUGAGAAGGCUCAUUUUUUAGUUCUCCUCAAACCUCCUUCUUUAUGUCAAAGAGACAGUCUCAGUUUGGUGCUGAUGCGUCUCUACCACCUCUAACACAUGCCAACUCCCUUUCCAACAAAAAGAGGGUUAGGUGGGGCCCUUCAGGCAGUAGAAGCUACAUAGAACUUAACAACGCUGGUUUUGUUUUCACUGUAUUUAUUUUUAGGGUGAGGAGGUAUUGGUGGUUCAGUGGUAGAAUUCUCACCUUCCACGUGGGAGACUCAGCCUCAGCUCUCCAGUGUCCCCCAGGAGGGGAGGUACCCUAGUCCUUGACUCCUUUCAUGUGGAUGGGAGCAGACGCCAGCUACAAAGAAGGAUGCGGCCAUGUCUUCACAUGACCCCUACUGCAGAAAACCAAAGCCACCUCCAGACACACGUCCCAGUGCCCGGUCUCUAUACAAUACAGUCCCAGGAGAAAGCCGGCCCUUCAUGGCGUGAUCUGAAAACCAGAGUUUGAGCCACGAGCUUCAAGACUUUCCUUUACCUCUUCUUCACUGGUGUUCAUGCCCACUCCUCAUUGCAGACUGCUUUAUUUAUUUCUAGAAAAACAGCCUUGGGUCAGUCCUUGAAAGGCCCCCCCAAAUCCGGACCCUUUCUUUUGGCUCUGUUGGGACUCUGAAGCCCAGUGGUUGGCAUAAUUGAUACUUCAGGGAGCUGAGGAGAAGCAGCCUGGGGCCGUGGCCUGGGAAAGGCACUGCAAGGUCCCAGGAUGGCGCCCAGUGACACACCCUCUUCCAUCGCAUCCAAGAUCACCAUUAGUGUGGUCCUCACCAUCCUUAUCCUCAUCACUGUUGCUGGCAAUGUGAUUGUCUGCCUGGCUGUGGGCUUGAACCGCCGGCUCCGCAGCCUGACCAACUGCUUCAUCGUGUCCUUAGCCAUCACUGACCUGCUCCUUGGCCUCCUGGUGCUUCCCUUCUCUGCCAUCUACCAGCUGUCCUGCAACUGGAGCUUCGGCCAGAUCUUCUGCAACAUCUACACCAGCCUGGACGUGAUGCUCUGCACAGCCUCAAUCCUCAACCUCUUUAUGAUCAGCCUUGACCGGUACUGUGCUGUCACAGACCCGCUCCGCUACCCGGUACUGGUCACCCCUGUGAGGGUCACCAUCUCCCUGGUCUUUAUUUGGGUCAUCUCCAUCACUCUAUCCUUCCUGUCUAUUCACCUGGGGUGGAAUAGCAGGAACAAGACCAUCGGUAGCAACCAUACCACUUCUCAGUGCAAAGUUCAGGUCAAUGAAGUAUAUGGCUUGGUGGAUGGGCUGGUCACCUUCUACCUGCCUCUGCUCAUCAUGUGUGUUACCUACUACCGCAUCUUCAAGAUUGCCCGGGACCAGGCCAAGAGGAUCAAUCACAUCAGCUCCUGGAACUCGGCCACUAUCAAGGAGCACAAAGCCACAGUGACCUUGGCUGCUGUGAUGGGGGCCUUCAUUAUCUGCUGGUUCCCCUACUUCACCGUGUUUGUCUACCGUGGGCUCAGAGGGGACGAGGCCAUCAAUGAGGUCAUUGAAGCAAUUGUUCUGUGGCUGGGCUAUGCCAACUCAGCCCUGAACCCCAUCCUGUACGCGGCAUUGAACAGAGACUUCCGCACCGCAUACCAGCAGCUUUUCUGCUGCAGAUCCACCAGCCACAACUCCCGAGACACUUCUCUGAGGUUUACCGACUCUCAGGUGUCCAGGAGCGAAAGCAGAAACCACAAGGGGCAGGAAGAGAAGCCCCUGAAGCUACAGGUGUGGAGUGGGACUGAGGUUACGGCCCCACAGGGAGCAACAGACAGAAGAUAAAAAGAGAAAGAAGUGAGCAGAGAAGGGAGGGACCUCACUACUACCAAGAAAGAAAAGCUGGUAGCAGAGCACGUCCUUUGGACCUGGGGUCUCUGCACUGAGAUCUUCCUAGACCCCCGAGAAGAUUGAUGCCAAGACACAUGGAGAUCUCCAAGGAACACCGGGUCCACAGAUAUUGAAAGGAGACAAGGACCUUCUCCCAGAGCAGACAGAGAGAGAAAGCCUUCCCCUAGAGUUGACGUCCUGAAUUCAGGCUUCUAACCAGCUAAACUGAGAGAAUAAAAUUUUGUUUGUUAAAGCCAUCUAUUUGUGGUAUUUCUGUUAGAGCAGCACUAGAUGCUAAGACACUAUGUUUGAGUCCAUCAUUAGGGCUAUUGGGUCACUCCAUCUCAUUGAGGGUCUCCCUUGCCUUCUCUGUCCUCCAUUUUACUAACCACAAUGUCCUUCUCCAGUGAUCAGCCCUUCUUGAUGGCACAUCCAAAGUAAGUAAGCAAAAUACCACAAUAUUUUAUGAUCUAAAUAAGGUUUUCAUUGACUGACUCUAAAAAGUAGAACAUCAGUUUUUUUCUUCCAAGUUCAUCAUAGCCUGAGAGCGCUGCUAAAACCUCUCCACCAUGGUUACCCUACUGGUAUUUGAAAUACUGCUGGUAUAGCUUCCAGCAUCAUAGCAACACUCAAGUCACCACAGUACAACAAACUAACAGAUGGGUGGUGGAUAUAUUGUUUAGGGAUAUACAAGUAUUUGUUGAAACUGUAAAGAAAGCAAUGGGUAACGCAAAAUUCAGGGUAGUGGUUACUCCUGGGGAAGAGGAAGGCACACAGCCACAAAUCAGGUACUGGUAAAUUCUGUUUUUUUAACCUGAGAGGUGUUUACACAAGUAUUAUUUUCGAUAUUCUUUAAACCAUGCAUAUGUACUUUAUAAGGAGCCCUGGUAUCUCAGUGGUUAAAGCACUUGACUGCUACCCAAAAGGUCAGCAGUUGGAACCUACCAGUCACUCAUGGGAGAAAGAUGUGGCAGUUUGCUUUCAUAAAGACUACAGCCUUGGAAACCCUGUGGGGCAGUUCUGCCCUGCCCUAUGGGGCUGCUAUGAGUUGAAAUUGACUCAACAGCAAACGUAUGUGUUUUAUAGAUAGCCUCUCUGAGUAUAUGAUGUAUACCAUUUAAAAAUAUAGACCGACUGAACUAAUACCUGACAAAGAGAGGUAGCUCUGAGUAGGGGAAUUAUAUGAGAUUUUUAUUUUCUUAUUGUUAAUCUAUAUGUUCUGCGUUUUUUACUAUGAACGUGUGAUGUUUCUGCAAUAGUAUUAUCUUAGGUGAUUUUUAGAAAGAGAGGUAGUUAUUUUGUAGCCUAGAGCUAGCUUUUCUUUGAUAAUGUCACAAAUUUCAGUGCGAGUUACUUUAUCAGAGCAGCAGGCUCUGCAAUAUUAAUCCAAGGGCAGAUACCUGCCUGCCUGGUCAAAUAUGUACACUGCUAACCUGAAAAAGGACACCUGAACCUCUGGAGUGCCAGGGGUAUGCCCUUGAGGUCAAGGUGAGGGCACAGUGUUCCCUGGGGAAGGAGAGGCUGGCCAAACCUGCAAAGAGAGCUUGGGCCACACAGGCUCCAGGAAUGGCUACACUGGAAUGUGCCCCUGUGACUUGGUUACCUAAAUAAAUAAUGAUUCCGACUCAUGGUGACCCCAUGAGUGCGGAGUAGACUGCCCCAUAGGGCUUUCUUGACUGUCAUCUUUAUGGAAGCAGAUGGCCAGGCCUUUCUUCUGUGGCAGCACUGGGUGAGUCUGACCCACAACACUUUACAUUAGUAGUAUUGAAGAGUAAGAACGCUCACUACUGUAAAAGUAAAAGCAAAGAAAUUUAUUGAGGGUGAUACAGUUUGUGAACUGGGAAAACACAGGGCAGAGAGGAAUCUACCAAGUGUUCCCACCUUCCAAGGGAGAGGUGGGCCUUUUAUGUGGUAAUAUGGAGAGGGUAAACAAGUGAUUUAAAAAAAAAUUUGCCAUCGAGUCAAUUCCAACUCAUAGCAACCCUACAGGAUGGAAAAGAACUGCCCCAUAGGGUUUCCAGGGAACCAAUCACUAACAGUAAAAUGGGGAGGUAUAGUGAGAGACCAUCAACACCAUAAUCUUCUCUCUUUUUUUUUUUAAUUGAGCUCAAGGCGAAAGUUUACAGGUCAAGUUAGUUUCUCAUGCAAAAAUUUACACACACAUUGUUAUGUGACACUAGUUGCUAUUCCUAUAAUGUGACCACGCAUUCCUCCUCUCCACCCCGAAUUUCCCAUGUCCAUUCAAUCAGCUCCUGCCCCUUUCAGCCUUCUCAUCUCACCUCCAAACAGGAGCUGCCCAUUUAGUCUCAUGUAUCUACUUGAACUAAGAAGCACACUCUUCACAAGUAUUUUAUGUCUUAUAGUCCAGUCUGUUCUUCGUCUAAAGAGUUGGCUUUGGGAACAGUUUUAGUUCUGGAUUAACAGGGAGUUUGGGGGCCAUGUCUUCUGGGGUUCCUCCAGUCUCAGUCAGACCAUUAAGUCUGGUCUUUUUACCAGAAUUUAAGUUCUGUACCCCGAUUUUCUCCUGCUCCAUCAGGGACUUCCUGUUGUGUUCCCUGUCAGGGUGGUUAUUGGUGGUAGCAGGGUACCAUCUAUUUCUUCUGGUCUUAGGUUGAUGGAGUCUGGUUUACGUGGCCCCUUUUGUCUCUUGGGCUCAUAUUUUUCUUGUGUCUUUGGUGUUCUUCAUCCUCUUUUGCUCCAGAUGGUUGGGACCAAUUGAUGCAUCUUAGAUGGCCACUCUCUAGCUUUUAAGACCCCAGAUGCCACUCACCAAAAUGGGAUGCAGAACGUUUUCUUGAUAAACUUUGUUAUGCCAGUUGACCUAUACGUCCCCUGAAACCAUGGUCCCCAGGCCCCUGACCCUGCUACACUGUCCCUCGAAGUGUUUGGUUGUAUUCAGGAAAGUUCUUAGCUUUUCAUUUAGUCCAACGAUGCUAACUUCCUCUGUAUUGUGUGUUGUCCUUCCCUUCACCUAAGAUAAUUCUUGUCUACUAUCUAGUUAGUGAAUUCCCCUCUCCCUCUCUCCCUACCCAUGUAACCGUCAAAGAAUGUUUUCUUCUGUGUUUGAACGUUUUCUUGAGUUCUUAUAAUAGUAGUGUCAUACAGUAUUUGUCCUUUUGUGACUAAUUUUGCUCUGCAUAAUGACUUCCAGGUUCAUCCAUGUUAUGAGAUGUUUUGAGGAUUCAUCGUUGCUCUUUAUUAUCGCAUAGUAUUCCAUCGUGUGAAUAUAAAAUAAUUUGUUUAUCCAUUUGUCCACUGAUGGGCACCUAGGUUGUUUCCAUCUUUUUGCUAUUGUGAACAGUGCUGCAGUGAACAUGGAUGUGCAUAUAUCUAUUCUUGUGGCGGCUCUUAUUUCUCUAGGAUGUAUUCCAAGGAGUGGGAUUGCUGGAUCGUAUGGUGGUUCUACUUCUAGGUUUUUAUGGAAGUGCCAAAUCGAUUUCCAAAGUGGUUGUACCACUUUACAUUCCCACGAGUAGUGUAUAAGUGUUCUAGUCUCCCCACAACUUCUCCAAUAUUUAUUAUUUUGUGUUUUUUGGAUUAAUGCCAGCCUUGUUGGGGUGAGAUGAUAUCUCAUUGUAGUUUCGAUUUGCAUUUCUCUAAUGGCUAAUGAUCGUGAGCAUUUCUUCAUGUAUCUGUUAGCCACCUGAAUGCUUUGCCCAUUAUUUAAUUGGGUUGUUUGUCUCUUUGUGGUUGAAGUUUUGCGGUAUUUUGUAGAUUUUAGAAAUCAGACCCUAAUCAGAUAUGUCGUAGUCAAAAUUUUUUUCCCAGCCUGUAAGUUGUCUUUUUGCUCUUUUGGUGAAGUCUUUUGAUGACCAUAAGUGUUUGAUUUUUAGGAGCUCCCUGUUAUCUAGUUUAUCUUCUGGUAUUUGUGUGUUGUUAGUAAUGUUUUGUAUGCUGUUUAUGCCAAGUAUUAGGGCUCCUAGCGUUUUCCAUAUUUUUUCUUCCAUGAUCUUUAUCAUUUUAGAAUUUAUAUUUAGGUCUUUGAUCCAUUUUGAGUUAGUUUUUGUGCAUGGAGUGAGGUAUGGGUCUUAUUUCAUUUUUUUACAGACGGAUAUCCAGUUAUGCCAGCAACAUUUGUUAAAAAGACUGUCUUUUCCCCAUUUAACAGACUUUCAGGCUUUAUCAAAUAUCAGCUGCUCAUAGAUGGGUACAUUUACAUCUGGAUUCUCAAUUCUGUUCCAUUGAUCUAUGUGUCUGUUGUUGUACCUGUACCAGGCUGUUUUGACUACCGUGGCAGUAUAACAGCUUCUAAAAUCAGGUAGUGUGUGAGGCCUCCCACUUUGUUCUUCUUUUUCAGUAAUGCUUUAGUUGUCUGGGGCCUCUUCCUUUUCCAUACGAAGUUGGUGAUUUGUUUCUCCAUCUCAUUAAAAAAUGUCGUUGGAAUUUGCAUUGGGAUUGCAUUGUAUCUGUAGAUCGCUUUGGGUAGAAUUGACAUUUUCACAAUGUUGAGUCUUCCUACCCAUGAGCAAGGUAUGCUUUUUCACUUACGUAAGUCUCUUUUGAUUUCUUGUAGUACUGUCUUGCAGCUUUCUUUGUAUAGUUCUUUUACAUCUCUGGUUAGAUUUAUUCCUAAGUGUUUUAUCUUCUUGGAGGCUAUUGUAAAUGAUAUUGAUUUGGUGAUUUCCUCUUUGAAGUUCUCUUUUUUGGUGUAGAGGAAUCCAACUGAUGUUUGUAUGUUUAUCUUGUAUCCUGAUGCUUUGCUGAAAUCUUCUAUAAGUUCCAGUAGUUUCCUUGUGGAUUCUUUGGGAUUUUUUUGUGUAUAAGAUCAUGUCACCUGCAAAUAGGGAUACUUUUACUUCCUCCUUACCAAUUUGGAUGCCCUUUAUUUCUUUUUCUUGCCUAAUUACUCUGGCUAGGAUCUCCAGUACAAUGUUGAAUAAGAGCGGUGAUAAAGGGCAUCUUUGUCUGGUUCCCAUUCUCAAGGGGGAUGCUUUCAAACUCUCUCCAUUUAGGAUGAUGUUGGCUGUUGGCUUUGUAUAAACGUCCUUAAUUAUAUUGAGGAAUUUCUCUUCUAUUCCUAUUUUGUUGAGAGUUUUUAUCAUGAAUGGGUGUUGGACUUUAUCAAAUGCCUUUUCUGCAUCAAUUGUUGCAGAAUAAGAUCAUGUGCUUCUUGUCAUUUGUUUUAUUUAUGUAAUGGAUUAAAUUGAUUGUUUUUCUAAUGUUGAGCCACUCCUGCAUACUUGGUAUGAAUCCUACUUGGUCAUGGUGAAUCAUUUUUUUGCUAUGUUGUUGAAUUCUGUUGGCUAGAAUUUUGUUGAAGAUUUUUGUAUCCAUGUUCAUGAAGGGUAUUGAUCUGUAAUUUUCUUCUUUUGUGGUAUCUUUACCCAGUUUUGGUAUCAGGGUUAUGCUGGCUUCAUAGAAUGAGUUUGGGAGUAUUCCAUCCUUUCCUGUGCUCUGAAAUACCUUUAGUAGUAGUGUUGUUAACUCUUCUCUGAAAGUUUGGUAGAAUUCUCCAGUGAAUCCGUCAGGGCCAGGGAUUUUUUUGUUGUUGUUAGGCGUUUUUAAAUUACAUUUUCGAUCUCUUGUUAUAGUUGUUCUACCUCUGUUUGUGUUAGUUUGGGUAGGUAGUGUGUUUCUCAAAAUUUGUCCGUUUCAUCUAGGAUUUCAAGUUUGUUGCAGUACAGUUUUUCAUAGUAUUCUGUUAUGAUUCUUUUACUUUCAGUUCAGUCUGCUGUGGUAUCACCCAUCUCAUUUCUUAUUUGGGUUAUUUGCUUCCUCUCCUGUUUUUCUUUUGUCAGUUUGGCCAGUUGUUUAUAGAUUUUGUUGAUCUUUUCAAAGAACCAGCUUUUGGUGUUGUUAACUCAAUUGUUUCCCUUUUCUCUAUUUCAUUUAAUUCUUCUCUAAUAUUUAAAAUUUCCUUUCUUCUGGUGCCCGAGGGCUUCUUUUGCUGUUCUCUUUCUAUUUGUUCGAGUUCUUGGGUUAAUGUUUUGAUUUUGGCCCUUUCUUCUUUUUGGAUGUGUGCAUUUAUUGCUGUAAAUUGACCUCUGAGCACUGCUUUUGCUGUGUCCUAAAGGUUCCGGUAUGAUGUGGUUUCAUUUUUAUUUGAUUCUGUCAAUUUCUUUAUUCCACCCUUAAUUUCUUUUAUAACUCAGUUUUUGAGCAAAGUGUUUUUCAGUUUCCAUGUAUUGGAUUUUUUUCCUUGUUUUUUCUGUUAUUGAUUUCUACUUUUAUGGCUUUAUGGUCAGAAAAGCUGCUUUGUAAUAUUUCCAUAUUUUGGCUUCUCUUAAGGCUUACUUUAUGGCCUAAUAUGUGAUCUAUUCUGGAGAAUGUUCCAUGUGGGUUGGAAAAGAAAGUAUACUUGGCUGCUGUUGGGUGGAGUGUUCUGUAUCUGUCUGUGAGACUGAGUUGGUUGAUUGUGGUAUUUAAAUCUUUAGUCUCUUUAUCGAGCUUCUUUCUGGAUGUUCUGUCCUUCACCGAAAGUGGUGUGUUAAAAAAAAAAAAAGUCUCCUAAUAUUAUUGUUUAUUUCUAUUUCUCUCUUCAAUGUUGUUAGACUUUGUUUUAUGUAUUUUGGAGCCCUGUCAUUGGGUGCAUAAAUAUUUAUUAUGGUUACAUCCAUCAGGUAUAUUGACCCUUUAAUCAUUACAUAGUGUCCUUCCUUAUCCUUUAUGGUGGAUUUUACUUUAAAGUCUCCUGCUCUUUUUUGAUUGUUGUUUGCUUGGUAUAUUUUUUCCAUCCUUUGAGUUUCAGUUUGUUUGUGUCUUUCAGUCUAAGGUGUGUCUCUUGUAGGCAGUAUAUACAUGGAUCGUGUUUUUUUUUUUUUUUAAUCCAUUCUGCCACUCUCUUUCUCUUUAUUGGUUCAUUUAGUCCAUUUACAUUCAGCAUAAUUAUUGAUCAGUAUGAGUUUAGUGCUGUCAUUUUGAUGUAUUGUGUGUGUGUGUGUGUGUUGUUGCCAGUUUCUUUGUUCCACUUAACUUUUUGUGCUAAGUUGUUUUUCUGUAUGUAUUUUCUUUACAUCUUUUUCAUUGCUGUUGAUUUUGUAUUUGCUGAGUCUUUAUGUUUUUCUUUUUUUUUUUUUAUUUUGGUGUGUAGGAUUGUUAGAGGAAACCCUGGUGGUGUAGUGGUUUAGAGCUACGUCUGCUAACCAAAAGAUCAGCAGCUCAAAUCCACCAGGUGUUCCUUGGAAACUCUAUGGAGCAGUUCUACUCUGCCCUAUAGGGUCGCUAUGAGUCGGAAUUGACAGCAACAGAGGAUUGUUAGUUUCCUUUGUGGUUACCUUAAUAUUUACCUGUAUUUUUCUACAUUUAAACCAACCUUUUAUUUCUUUAUAUCACUUUGACUUCCUCUCCAUAUGAAAGAUCUAUGGCUACAUUAUUCAGUCCCUCUUUUUUGUUUUAAUGUUGUCAUCUUUUACAUAUUGACGUCUCUUUUUCCCUAUUUUCAGCGUUUUAGCUUUGAUUUAUUUUUGUGACAUCCCUAUCUGGGUUGAUAUCUUGUUGCUCUUUCCUAUGUUCUAGUCUUGGGUUGUUAUCUGAUGUUAUUGAUUUUUUAACUGGAGUACUCCCUUUGGUAUUUCUUGUAAUUUUGGUUUGGUUUUUACAAUUCCAUAAACUUCUGUUUAUCUGGAAAUGUCCUAAUUUCGCCAUCAUAUUUGGGAGACAGUUUUGCUGAAUACAUAAUUCUUGGCUGGGAAUUUUUUUCCUCCAAGGCUUUAUGUAUGUCAUCUCGUUGCCUUCUUGCCUGCAUGGUUUCUGCUGAGUAGUCAGAGCUUAGUCUUAUUGGUUCUCCUUUGUAGACGACUUUUCAUUUAUCUCUAGUUGCUCAUAAAAUUCUCUCUUUAUCUUUGGUUUUGGCAAGUGUGAUUAUAAUAUGUCUUGGUGACUUUCUUUGGGGAUCUACCUUGUGUGGGUUUCAAUGAGCUUGAAUAGAUAUCUUCUCAUCUUUCAUGAUAUCAGGGAAGUUUUCUGCCAACACAUCUUCAACAUUUCUCUCUCUAUUUUCUGUUAUCCCCCACCCCCCGCCCGCCACCCCGUUCUGGUACUCCAGUCACUUGUAGGUUAUUUCUCUUGAUAGAGUUCCACGUAAUUCUUAGGGUUUCUUCAUUUUUUUAAGUUCUUUUAUCUGAUUUUUCCUCAAAUAAGUUGAUGUCAAGUGCUUUAUCUUCAGUCUCACUAAUUCUGACUUCCAGUGCCUCAAUUCUGCCCCUAUGACUUGCUAUUGAGUUCUGAAAUUCUGAAUUUUAUUGUUAAUCUUAUGGAUUUCUGUUUGCUGUCUCUGUAUGUAUUCUUGGAGCCUGUUAAAUUUGUCAUUAUGCUCUUAUAUAACCUUCUUAAGUUCUUCUAUUGCUUUGUCUUUGUGUUCCUUGGCUUGGUAUGCAUUUUGCCUGAUCUCCUUCUUGAUCUCUUGAAGAGUUCUGUAUAUUAACCUUUUGAAUUCUACCUCUUGUUAUUCCAAGAAGUUAUCUUCCUCUGAAAGGUUUUCUGAUUCUUUUUUUGGUGGCUUGCUGAAGCCAUAAUGGUCUGCCUCUUUAUGUGAUUUGAUAUUGACUGUUGUCUCCAAGCCAUCAAUAAAUUAUAUUUAUUUAUUUUAUGUUUGCUUACUGUGUCAUAGCUUCUUUUGUUUUGAUAUGCCCAAAUAGGCUGGUCAUGUGAGCUAGCUUGGUUAUUGCCAUCUUUGAAGCUCUCAUGCCCUGUUUCAGGGUGGCUAGAACUGUUACUAGGUAUGUGAGCCCAGGAGUUCAUUUACUUUUCUUGUGUGGAUUCAGUUCAGGUGUCCAGGUUGUCAGUCACCAAGUAUGUGAUGCAGGCUCUCACCUACAGUCCUUGAUGGGCAGGGGUGAUUUGAGUAGGCACAGGUAUAUGGUUGCAGUAGGGGGUCAUACGUUGAUCAAGGCAGGGGGCUGACUGCUCUCCCUGAGUGUCUGGGUGGAAGGUUUGUCCCUGUUCCCUAGUGCAUGUAGAUGAGUAGGUUUUGCAGCCAGACUGUGGGCACCUAAUGCUGUUGGCUGUAAGGACUGGGAAUCACCGCUUAUUCUUCAACCUGUAUAGCAGGUGGUCUGGUGGAGUGUGUGGAGCCACCAGUCCUCAGGCUCCUGAUGUGGAUAGGUGAGGACCAUGCUUAAUGGGCAGGGUGGUGUCAAAUGUCAUGAAUCUGCCACACCCCUUUAUAGCUGAUACAGAUGAAAAUAGGUUUCAGGUGUACACCCAGUUGUACUGUACUAACAAGGGCCUACACUGUUGAAAUGGGCCCACACAGGUCUUUGCAGGGGUGAAAGACAUUCAAAGUCCAUGCACCCAUUAUGCCCGUGUCUAGGCAAAGGGACUGUGCCCGCCCUGAGUUCCUGGCUUCAGGGAGCUGGCAGAUUAUUUUUCCCUGUUUUUUAAAUUUGUCUGCUCUCCAAAGCCAGGAGAAUGGCUCAGGACACGUGAUGCAUCCUACUUUCGGCCCAGGAAGUACAGCAAUCUCUGAAGCCAGACCAGGACGCAGAGCAGAGCAGGGAGGGGGCGGGUAAACGUGAGAGUGGUACUUCCCGUAAGGUUUUUUUUUUUUAAUCAGCACAGUAGGUUAGAUGCUUGUACUUAUCUUUCACUAUUUGAGCACUGUUUCUCACUGGUUUGGAGCCUUGAGCAGACUCUCCACCGCUCAGUCUCUCCCAAUGUGGAAAACUCCUCCCAAGCACCUCUGCUUGCCUCACCACUCAUGCGCUAGCUGAUCCAGCCUGCAGGGUGCAGGUGCUGGCCAGGUUAGGUCUGGCAACUCCUUGCUGCUUCUGAACCGUCUCUCCCUCCCCCUGCUGCUCAGUUCAAUUCCUCCGACUUGGUCUUUGAUGUUCAAGGCUCCUAGAUUGUCAUAUAUAAUUGACUUACUUGGUUUUUUUUUUUUUUGGUCUUUGGUCUAAGAGGGACCACAGGAAGCAUCUGACUACUCUGCCAUCUUGGCCCCACCUGCCAUAAUCUUCUCUUAAUGUCAGCAGACUGAGGAGGGGCAGGUAGAGACCACCAACAUCAUAAUCAACAAACCCUUCCUGGAACAGCCACAGUCUUACCCCUACCCUUACUUUCUAAAAAAAAAAAAAUUUUUUUUUUUUUUUAUAAGAGUGUUUAAAAUUUAGGGAAGUUGCGGACUACAUUCUCAGGAAUGCAGAAGCAGAGGCUUUGGUCAAGCUGAAGUCUGACUCAAAAUGGAGACUAAUUAACAAUAUGGAAUUUGAUUCAAAAUGAGGUUAGCUAUCCUGUUUUAGCCAGGCACCUCAAUCUGGAGUAUUCCUACACAGUAGCAAAGCUCAAACCCUUUGCACCAUCCAAGGGCCCUUUAGUUACCUAGUGCUGCCAUAAUAGAAAUACCAUAAGUAGGUGCUCACAGUUCUGAAGGUUAAAAGUCCAAAUCAGGGUCUCAGCCAUAUUGGUUGCCUCCUUGUCAGUAGCCCUGGGCCUUCUUUGAUUCCUUGGUUUUUAGACAAUCCUCACACAUGGUCUGUCUUUCCCCUCUGUGUGCCUCUGUGUCCAUUCUGCUCUUCUUAUAAUUUAGAAGUAAUGAUACUUAAAACCCACUCUGCCUGGAUAUGGCCUAGUUAACAUAACAAAGGAAACCCUAUUUCCAAACAGAAUGACAUCUACAGUUAUUAUUAUCUAUGUUAGUUGCCGUGGAGUCAAUUUUGACUCAUAGCGACUCCAUGUGUGCAGAGUAGAACUGCUCCAUAGGGUUUUCUUGGUUAUAAUUUUAACAGAAGCAGAUUACCAGGCCUGUCUACCAUGCUACUGCUGGGUACACUCCAACCGUCAAACUUUAGGUUAGCAGUUGAGCGCAAACUGUUUUUGGCACACAAGGACCUAUUCCACAGGUAUGAGAAAGAAGAUUUCAAUACAUAUUGUGAGGGGACACAAUUCAGCCCAUAACAACAUGCACUGAAGGAAGCUUGGGGGUUGGGUGUUGGCUGUGACCUCACUCACAGAGCCUGACCAAGUCAGGUCUCCAAACUCACAACUUCCUCACUGGCGUCUAAUAGACUCAGAGGGAGGCAUAGGGCUCUUCCCUCUAGCUGUGGGGAAGGGAGAAGGAGCAGUAAGUGUGCUUCUUCCAUUGACCAGGUCUACCUACUUAUAGAUAAUGGCUAGAGCAGAAGUGGGACUUCAUGGCCUUAGACAGACCUUAACCCAGAUUGUGGCCUGCCUUUGAACUGGAGCCCCAGACCCAGCCUCUGUGGAGACCAUGUGAUGCUUUUUUCCUCCUGUGUUUGGGCAGGGAUGACUUGGGGUGGACUCAUCCUCUACUUCAGCAUUUCCCAAACUGCAGUUGCUUGCAAAUCCCCUUCAUGAUCCAGGCCAUCGUCCUAUUUCAUCUGCAUUAAAACCAAAACCAUUUGUCGACGAGUUGAUUCAGACUCAUGGCAACCUCGUAUGUGUCAGAGUAGAACUACGCUCCGUAGGGUUUUCUAUGGCUGUGUUUUUGGAAGUAAAUUGCGAGGCCUUUCUUCCAAGGUGUCUUUGGUGGACUCCAACCUCCAACUUCUUGGUUGGUAGCUGAGAACUUAACCAUUUACAUCACCAGGGACUCUCCUCCUAUAUUGUUGUUGUGUGCCAUCAAAUCAAUUCCCACUUGUAGUGACUCUAUAUGACAGAGUAGAACUGCCCCAUUGGGUUUCCUAGGCUGUAACUUUAUGGGAGCAGAUCUCCAGGUCUUUCUCCCCCAGAGCGGCUGGUGGAUUCUAACUGCCAGCCUUUCAGUUAGCAUCCGAGUGUUUAACCAUUGCACCACCAAGGCUCCUCCACGUAUAUUGCCCCAAAACCCAUUGCCAUAGAGUCAAUUCCAAUUCAUAGCAACCCUGCAGAGUGGAACUGUCCCAUAGGGUUUCCAAGGCCGUAAUCUUUACAGAUGCAGACUGCCACAUCUUUCUCCUGCAGAGCAGCUGGUGGGUUCAAAUCACCCACCUUUUGAUUAGCAGCCAAGUGCUUAACCACUGCUCCACAAGAGCCCCUCCACCUAUAUUAUGUAUACUUAAUUCGGUAAACUAUCUUACUGUUUUAAAUGAAAUAAAUGUAUAGAGAAACUUUGUAUCAUCACCAUAAAUGGAAACCACUGUCUUAGUUAUCUAGUACUACCAUAACAGAGGAGCUGUGGUGGCUCAGUGGUUAAGAGUUACGGCUGCUAACCAAAAGGUCGGCAAUUUGAAUUCACCAGCCACUCCUUGGAAACCCUAAGGGGGCAGUUCUAUCCUGUCCCAUAGGGUCUGUAUGAGUUGGAGUCGACUCGAUGGCAAUGUGGUUUUUUUUUUUUUUUCCCCGCUAUAACAGAAAUACCACAAGUGAAUGGCUUUAACAAACAAAAAUGUAUUUUCUCACAGUUUAGGCAACUAGAAGUCCAAAUUCAGAAUGCUGGCUCACAGGAAAGGCUUUCAUUUUCCGUCAGCUCUGAAGGAAUGUCCCUGUCAAUCAGGACAGCAUGUUCUCAGCCAUGUUCAAAGACAGGCCUCUUAUUGGCCCUCAGCCCUUCGGCUCCUUGGCCCCGCUGGUGCCCUGCUUGGGCAAGUAUUAUAAAGCUCUUCAACUUUGCUAAUAAGUGCCCAGAGACAGCCAACUCUGCCAGGAAGUCUCCUACCUGAAGGCACUCAGCUCUCUCACGCUCUGUGGAUCAGCUUUCAUGCCAUCUCGUGCCAGUCUCCUGGUUCUGCUGCCUCCAUUUCCCUGCUGCUGCUUCUUGUCAUCUUGCACCAUCUUUGGUGCAGCUCUCUCUCUCUCUGUCUCCUGGUUCUAGGAGGUUCUCAAUUCAGGGACCCAAGGUCACACUCCUCUCCCAUCUCUUCUUCUUGGUGGUAUUGACGUCCCUAUCUCUGCUUACUUCUCUCCCCUUUUACUUCUUGUAAGACAAAAGGUGUAACUCAAGUAAGGGCUUGAUCUGAAUAAGGGGGGUAAGGGUGGUGACUGGGAUAAGGGUGCUGACUUGAAUCAUACCCUCUGGUAAGGCGGUGACUCAAGAUAUAUUGUACCCUAAUCAUGCCUCAUUAACAUAAUGGACAACUUGCUCCCAAGUGGGACCAUAACCACAGGCAUACCAAAACCAAAACCAAACCUAGUGCUGUCGAGUCGAUUCCAACUCAUAGUGACCUGAUAGGACAGAGUAGAACUGCCCCAUAGAGUUUCCAAGGAGCUCCUGGCAGAUUCGAACUGCCGACCCUUUGGUUAGCAGCAGUAGCACUUAACCACUACGCCACCAGGGUUUCCACCACAGGCAUAGAGGUUAGGAUUUAUAAUGCAUCACAAAAUGGAGGAUAAGUAUGUCAGAUCACAAAAUGGAGGACAACCAUACAGUACUGGGAAUCAUGGCCUAGCCAAGUUGACACAUAUUUUGGGAGAGACACAUUUCAAUCCAUAACACCCAGUAUCAUUUUGGGAAAAAAAAAAAUACUUAUGAUCGUGGAUACAAUGAAUAAUGUCAUCGAAGUCUAGCUCAGAGCAAUUGCCUGAUAAAAGCUCUUCGCCUACCCCCGCUCUUUGUUAUAAAGGGACAUCAACAGGUGUUGAGAGGUGUUGAAAACACAGGAGCACCAAACUGACCCUUUCCCUUCGACCUAUUGAGGCUUGAAAUAAAUUUGACAAAUGAACUCUUUCUUACUCACUGAGAGGAGCUGAGGGAGAAAGCUGAUCUACCAUCCGCCUCACAGCAGGCAACUGGGCAGAUGGAGGGCCUUUGCAUGCCUAGGUGAAGGAAAGCCUCUUCUUUCUGAAAAUGUGUAUCAAAGACUUGGUUAACAGCCUCCCUACCAAAAGGUUCGGCUAACACACCUUCAAUGACCUCUCCUUCAAUCAGUUUGAAUCAAUAAAGGUUCACUGAGGACCUACUAUGAGCUGACUACAGUUGCUGGGGUUGAAAGGGAAGUGCCUUGCCUUCAAGGUGCCCACCUCCAAUGGGGAGAUAGAUAUGCUCCUUCUUGAUUAUAACCCAAGGCAGAAUAGAUCUUUAUGCAGCUGAUCCUCAUUACUUGUGGAUUCCGUAUUUGCAACUUCACCUUAUUGCUAAAAUUUACUUGUAAUCCCCAAAUCGGUAGUAAUUGCACUCUUGUGGUUGUUCUAGACCAUUCACAGCAUUUGCAGAGAGGUGAAAAAUGAGUUACCCGAUGCACAAGGUUGGCUUGGUAUUCAUGAACUCAGUGUUCACGGGGACAUUAUAGAGCUUAACUACCACAAAUAAUGACAAUAGACUUCUCCCAACUAUCCUCCAACUCAUCAGAGGCACACAGUCGCUGCUCAGGAACCAUUGCAUGGACACUCUGAAAAAAAAAACUCUGAAAAGGCAGGCAUUAAUUAGGCUUCUACGAUGUGCCAGGCAGGAGUCCCUGGGUGGAGCAGGUGGUUAACAUGCUUGGCUAUUAACCAAAAGUUGGCAGUUGAAGUCCACCCAGAGACACCUUGGGAGACAGGUGUCUUCUUUUUCUACUUUCAAAAAAUUAACCUUUGAAAACUCCGUGGAGCACAGCUCUACCCUGACACACAUGUGGUCACCAUGAGUUGGAAUUGCUCAGUGGCAACUCAUGGUAGAGAAGGUACCAGGCAAUAUAUGGGAUACUUUUAUAUACAUUGUCUAACAAUUAAUCCUUUCAAGAAUUAGAAAGGUGGGUUUUUUGCCUCCUUUUGAGGUUUAGAGAGGUAAGGCGACUAGACCAAGGACACACAGCAUGUUAGAAGCAGAGUUGGGAUUUGAAAGUGGGUCCCCAGAAUGCUUCCCUUUGGGGAUUGAGGGAAGAAGUCACUGUUGUAUGUGGACUGUUCUGGGUGGCAAAGGAAGGUGGCCCAUCCCUCCCCAUCUUACCCCAUCCCCCUCAGGGCCUGGCUUAGAAGAAAUAAAAAUGAGAAGCAGGUGGCCUUGCUCAGCAGCAGCUCAGCCCUGACCUGUGCUUGU